AAUUUAACGUUAUGGUAACGUGAAUCGAUCGCAGAAUACCUUCACCCCUCGCCAUCACGAUUUUCCGUGUCCGUGCAUGCACGUAACGGCCAUCGUAAAAACUCUGCGAAGAAGGCGCAAAGGUAAUUGAACUAUCGGCCCGUGUUCCCCCUCCCCCUACCAUUUCCAGGCUAAAUUACCCCGGAGAAACUUUGUCGACUUUCCAUUCGUGAUAACAUCUCCAGCUUGCACGAGCAAAUUCGAGUGGUUCACGCGGUCUCUCGCGAAAUUUCCCGUGCGUGCACUUCUCAGUGGCGAGAUCCAUCGGAUCGAUCCGACCGGUCAGACUUCAAAGACGAGUACGGCAAAGAGAAAGGGGUGAGAACCGCAUACACGACCGCACGUUAGGUUCACUCGGAAGAAUCCUGGCGACGGACACGUGUUAAUACGCUGUCGGUCGUUUGGAGGUGAUCAAUCAGCUCGAAGAGUCUCUGUACCGGGGAAUCGAGUACGUCUAUCAAAAGAAGCUGGUAGAAGAUUAAUGCCUUACCUACUUAAGGUUAACGAGCGGAUGUGAACGUGUAUAUUCAAUAGCGCCGAUUAAGCUUGAAUAGUAAUUUGCUUAUAAUCGUGCAUCUAUAACGAUAUAAAUAAAAUUAAUGCCAAUAAUAUAUUAAACUUGGAAUUCUCGUCGAUUCGUCGAAUUUAUUUUUCAUCUAUGCGGUAUUCAAAGUAGCCAACUUUCACGUACGUCCCUUUGAUCGAAGAAAGAUCGAGAGAUCGUUCGAUGCAUAGCUGAUUCCGAGAAGCUGCGCGUAUUUGCCAGAAAUUUCGGACACGUACGUGACAGGAAAGAUUACCAAUCGGUGGAACGAACGAGUAGACUGACGACGAGGAUUCUCUUAGGUCGUUUGCUAACGGGGAUCGUUAGUUUGUAAUCGACACUGGGGUCAGCGUUCGCGGCAUAAAUUUUUGUGCUGGCGGAAACCUUAUCGAGCUGCGUGCAGCUUGGAACGUUCACGAAGGUGUGAAAAAGAAGGAAAAAGAGAAUAAGAAGGAAAGUUGGUCUGUUUGUCUGGUCGAUAGAGCUACUGGUAUAUUUAUGUUCCACGAGAGCCCGAAGAUUUACUAGAAAAAUGAUGAAAACUGACAUCGAUGGCCCUUGUAAAGAUAACGUAGCACGUUGCUGGCGCGUUCGAAAUGUUUUAGAAUCCACAGGUCGAUAAAUUCAAGAUCGACAACUUUGGAAACUAGUAGAAACUUUCUCGAGACCGAAAUCAUCGGUGGUUGAAGAAAUUGGCAGCAGUUGAUCGAAGGAGGACGUAAAGGAAUUCUAUCGAAAAGUAACGAAACGGAGAAUCGUAUUUAUUAGUCGCUGCCUUAGAAAGAAACUUACGUGGUAUCGGAAUUAAAAGAUACCGUGCAUUCGCAGGCGUUCCACCAACGUGAAAUUAAUCGGAUUACGAGCCGACGUAGUUAGUAAACGAGGAAAGAACGAAUUACGACGAUUGUUCAGCGGACAAUUGGACUACUUGUUUCGGUGUAAUUCGAAGAAUCUCGACGUAAAGGGAUAGUGAACGGGACGCGAGACGCGUUGAGAAAGUUACCACGGAGAAAAGAGAAGGAUGCUCGUAAUCCUUCGCUGGAAAUCAGCACGGCCGAAAGCAAUUCCAGAAGAUAAACAAGUUCGCUGGGAAGUACCGGAUGCAGCGAUUGUCAUUGAAGUUGAUCAAACCUCGGAAUAGUUUAAUGGCCACGAUAUCAGUUAAACGGGCGAAACUCCUCUCAACAUCUCGUUGGAAAUACACUGCGGUUUAAACUUUUUAAUAGAAGUAAACAAUCUUUUGAGUAAAAACUAACUAAAAUAAAAAGAAGAAAAAUCAUGCGAUAAAAUAGAAGCAAGAUAAGAAUAUACAAUUAACAAUCGAAGCUAUCAAAUGGUUUUGAGGACACCGGAAAUCGGCGUUAAAGAGGAAAUCAAAUCAAACGCUCGAAAGUAUGUGAGAAAUACCAAAGAAAAUGACACGUGAAACGCGGUAAUCCGAACUGGAAUAGAAGCUGGCAUGCAACAGUGUGCCUGAAGGAGUCUUCUCAAGUCUCUUCAGGGACGUUGAACAAAUUACUCGGGCAUACACUGGGAACGCUCGAGAGCAAGAGGAAAGCCAUUAUCAAACAAUUGCUCUACAAAGGGGAACCUUCUCUAUUUUCUUGUACAAAACCUUCCAGCGUAAACGUGACGUUCGUGUUACGAUCGAAAUCCGCGAGAUCUUAUAUAUACUGAAAGAUCAAAUAAUCCUUUCAAUCCCAAUCUUUCGAACUUUAAACGACAAGAAGAAAAAGGUAGUGGAUUAAAGCUAGGCCGGUUCACGCCAGUUUCGACGAUUAACCGCAAUUACAGCUACGUAGCUCGUGUUCUAGCGUUUUCAGACGGCCAGCGACGAGUGGAGGAUUUCGUGAAACGAGUAUAUCUACCGGCACGACGUGUUUCAUGGCCUGGAAGUAAUCCGUGGGAGCUUUUCGAAGCUUCGAGCGCCAGCGGUAUUGGUUCGUUAAAGAACCGAAAGAAGUUGGGGCGCAAAGGUAAACAGAGGGGAAAAGGGUAAAAUCGAAGUUUCGUUGGAACGUUGGCGAGCAAGGGAAAAAUCGUGUGUCACGGACGAGCUACUUUGUACUUUGUCGAGUGAACGGUGUGCAAGUGGAACCGGAUGUAACGGGGGUGUCAGUCAACGGCAAUGACGAGUAUCGAAUUCACGUUGUCAGGCUGUCGUGAUAAAAACUUGGCAACGAUAGUAAAAGUCUGUUGGAGAUCGUCGCGUGGCUAAGUAGACUAGAGGCGCGGGCAUGGUGCGGAAGUAGGUUUUCUUUCUUCCGGCUUCUGCUAGAGAAGCGCAGUACAAGUGGCUCCGAAGAGGACGAUGAUGUCUAGACAAAGCAAAGAUCCCGUGCAGAAGUGCCACUCGGACCCAGGUGCUGCAAGUACCGGCAGUACUCCUUGCAGCCCUGGUAAGCGAAUUUCUCGCAGAAUAGUGCCAGGAAUUCCAAGCUCUUCCAACACACGCAAAUGUGUUCUCACCUUGGACGGGUAUAGCUACGUGAUCGUUGCAUCUCCACCGGAUCGAAGAGUCACGAGAGACGAUAUUGCAGUGUCCUCACCCGGUGCAUCUCCAAACGUUAAUGCAACUACAAGCUGCACUAGUACAACGUCGUCUCGAUUGCACAACCCUUCCUCGCCUGGUCGGAAUGGCCAGCUAUCGAAACAAGGCACAUUAACGAUAGUACGUCGAAGUUCUGGUAAGAGUAAGAGUAUCGGCGGAAGUUUCGAAAGUUCUCCGCCGCCGCACAGUCCUGACACUCUUUCGUCAAGCCAGUCCGUGGACCUUGAUGAGAUCCUUGAUAAUGUCGAUCUAACGACGGACUCGCUUCCUGCCGUUGACACCCCCGAUGCUUGCGACAAGGCUGCUCUCAGAUUGAGAUGCUUGCUGAGGCAGCUUCAACAUGGCGAAAUAUCUGCAGAAUUACUUCAACGAAAUUUACACUACGCGGCACGCGUACUCGAAGCUGUCUUCCUCGAUGAAACCAAGGUGAAUUCAGGAGGGGUUGAGUGCACUCGGUCAUCGCGUAGGGGUGCGAGCCUGUCAUCUGCAUCCCUGGGGAGCGGCUUGGACUCGGAUGGACAACAGGGCCACGCGGUGGUAACCCAGAAACGGAAGCUUCGCACCCCCGUAUGGGCAAGAGACGCCGAGCGUGUGGAGUCAACCGCUACUCGCCGUCAGGGUAUACGACGUAGGCGGCUAGCGGACGAGGACGACGAACUGUCGGAGGUACAGCCGGAUGCAGUGCCACCGGAAGUUCGCGAAUGGCUGGCUUCGACCUUUACCAGACAGCUUGCGACCACGAGGCGGAAGGCAGACGAGAAGCCAAAGUUCCGCUCGGUCGCGCACGCCAUCAGGGCAGGAAUCUUCGUCGAUCGGAUUUACAGGCGGGUCACCAACAUCGCGUUCAUGCAGUUCCCGCCGGAAGUGGUUAGAGUGCUCAAGACUUUAGACGAUUGGUCCUUUGACGUAUUUUCGUUAAACGAAGCCGCAAUGGGAGCUCCAGUGAAAUAUCUCGGCUAUGAUCUAUUGAAUCGAUACGGCAUGAUCCACAAAUUUAAAGUCCCUGCAACAGUGUUGGAGUGCUUCUUGGGAAGAGUCGAAGAGGGUUACUGCAGGCAUCGAAAUCCGUAUCAUAAUAAUCUUCACGCAGCUGAUGUCGCACAGACUAUGCACUAUAUUUUGUGUCAAGUAGGACUUAUGAAUUGGCUGACCGACCUGGAGAUUUUCGCCACGCUGGUUGCGGCGAUUAUUCACGACUACGAGCACACUGGGACCACAAACAAUUUCCACGUAAUGUCCGGUAGCGAUACGGCUCUACUCUACAACGAUCGAGCCGUCCUGGAAAAUCACCACAUCUCCGCGAGUUUCCGGAUAUUGAGGGAAGAUGAAUGCAAUAUAUUACAAAAUCUAUCGAGGGAGGAAUUCCGAGAAUUUCGUUCGUUGGUGAUCGACAUGGUACUCGCAACCGACAUGAGCUUUCAUUUCCAACAACUGAAAAACAUGAAAAACAUUCUGAGCUUGGCGGAGCCUAGCGUUGACAAAAGCAAAGCUGUCAGUCUGGUUCUCCAUUGUUGCGACAUCUCGCAUCCGGCCAAAAGAUGGGAUCUUCAUCACAGAUGGACAAUGCAACUAUUGGAAGAGUUCUUCCGGCAGGGGGAUAAAGAGAAUGCUCUCGGCUUGCCGUUUUCUCCGCUAUGCGACCGUAACAAUACCCUGGUAGCUGAAUCGCAAAUAGGAUUCAUCGAGUUUAUCGUCGAGCCCAGCAUGCAGGUGUGCAGCGACAUGUUGGAGACGGUUCUCGCUCCGUUGAAUAUAAAGGAGAAUGUGGACGAAUCGAACGACGGAUCCGUUGGAGAAAGCAAGAGAUUCAAGAUCGGUAAACCUUGGAUUCCUUGCCUCGGUGACAACAAGAAAAUUUGGAAGGAACAAGCUGUUCGAGACGCCGAGGCAAGAGCGCAAAAGGAACAAGCGCAGAAGGAGCAAGCGCAGAAGGAGCAAGAGCAAAAGGCGAGCAGCGAGAGCCGCGAGGACAGCGACACGACGCAGCCAGCGUCCGAGGAAUGAAAAAUCCAGCGGGCCGUUCUAUUUUUCAAGAAGAUAUGUAAUUUUAGGCUACGAAGAAGCUCGUGAUUCCACACACAGCAGAAUAUCCACCGCGUUGUGUCUGUCUCAGUGACACGUCUAAACGAAUCGCGCGUCGCCAAGAAAGUGAUCUCCCUCGACGAUCGAGCGAACGCGCGAAAGGUCAAGUGUACGAUUAAAAAGAAUACUCCCACGACUAUUUAUACCGUUUGUUCACCACACUACAAACAAUUCUUCACCGAUUUCGCUGUAUUUCGACGAUCACUCCACCUUUUUAUCGAUCGACCAAAAAUUAUCGAUGUCUGUACGCGUCUUCAAUUUCUCGUCUUGAUUUUUCUCGCGGUCGAACGUAGCCUUUGCAUAAUCGAUGCCAUCGACAGUCCUUGCUCUUAUUCUCGCUCUUUCGUUGCCGAGAAAUCUUCGCGAUUUGUAAAUACAACAGAAGCUUCGCGGGAUUUUUCUUACGCUACGCUACUGUCGAGCAGGUCGCGGUCUUUUCGUAGCUUUUAAGCUUUGAAAGUGACGCCUUAACCAACGAUGUUCGAUCGUCAAACACGGUGAUACUAAAGGUAAAUCGUCAUCGAAAGAAAUUCAAAUUUUAAGAAGAUGGCUCAAGAUCUUUUUGUUUCGUUUGUGUGAGUGUCGCUCGUCGUAUUUUCUUAAAAGUUUAAAGUACACAAAUAUCAUUCGUGAAUUCUUGAAAAAUUUACAUUAAAAAGGGGUCAAUAAAGGGAACAUUCCUUCGCAAUUGCUCAAUGAGAACGAAGAUUAAUUGUUGACUUUCGAUCGAUGAAAAAUUCAGUAAAUGUAGGUCAUAGUUGAAUUAUAAUACACAAUGGUAUGACUUGUACGUUCUUUAUAAAAUUAGCAUACUAUUCGAGGAUCGUGUGUUGUCGCUUAGUCACAUCAGCUUUUAACAAACGAUAUCUUUGCGAUUUUUGUUGCAUCAUCAUACAAGUAGUUUGUACUAUCUCUUGAUCGAAGAUAGUGCGUAACGCUCAUCAAAAACAUCGUGUCAAUGUAAUUUUACUCCUGAACAAACGUAUAAUUAAAAUUAGAAAAUUGUUAGGAUUAUAACUAACUGUACGAUGCGAUUCUGUAAUGAAAACAAGAAACCUAUACUGACAAAUUUAAAGCAGUUUAGUAGUUACAUGUUGGAUUAUAAGGAAAAGAAGAAGCGAGCAAGCGAUUAAGGCGUUACUUUCUCAGCUUACUUUACGCGUAAAUAUUACUAUCAAAACGUAGAAAUAUAGUUGGUCGAGUUUCCAUCGUAAGCGUAGCCUAAAGUUACCAGCUGCAAUAGGCGGCAAAAAUCAAGUACACGUUGACACACACAUACAUCUACACAUGCAGCAAACAAACAUACAUAUAUAAAGAAAAGAAAAGAGAAAGAGAAGAUCGUAAACGUACUUACAAUUAGAAGCACAAUUGUCUGUUCGCGAUGAAGUGGUAGCGCGUGUGAAAGGACGCUAACAUCAACACGUCGACGGGUUUUUCAUAGCGUUUCACCAUUGGAGCGCUGUCUUUGUCCGUACCUGUUUUUUCUUACAAUUAGUGUAUAACUAAGAGCAUACGUUUUUUCAUAGGAACGAAGACUUUCAUCUUUGAGGGAAGAAAAGAAAUAAUAUUGAAUUCGAUCAUUGAACGAGCUAUACUAACUAAUAACUGCUCAUAAUCCUCGUUUCUCAUAAAAUCCUUGAAAUUCAUAGUUUCUUAAUGUACCGAUCAUUUGCUACGAGCACUGAGCCAAUCUCUUGUUCGUAAAUAAUAUUCUACGUUUAUAGGGAGGCAUGAAAUAAAAAUUAUUUGCUAUUUUCAUCUUUUUUUACAAAAUCUUUGAAAUUUCUAAUUUAUUGAAUUUUUUUAAGGAUACUAUAAACCCUGACUUAAACUCACGAACAUCCGUAGAUUUGUAAGUGCGAGUGUUUUGCGUAUAACAUUAGGGUAUCUGAGAAAUAUUACGUAACAUCGAUCAUGCUACUCGAGUUAUGUUCAGAUCAUCUAUUCAAAUAAAAAAAAAAUAAAAAGGGUAAAAAAAG